GCUUUACCGCACGGUUACUUUAAUAUAAUUUUAUACACAGAACGACCAUUUUAAAUUUUGCGCGGGAAACUUCUUUUUUUUUAAAUCUAUACUGCAGUGUGCCAGUAUCCAAUACAAUUUGUGAAAAAAUGACUAUCUAUGGCAAAUUAGUUCAGAUUAUUUUGAUCAGUGUGUAAAAAGCAGUUCUGUUGGACAUUGACAAUCUCUUUUAUAGAAAUUCAAGGAUGUCUGAUGGAAUAGAAGCGGGAGCUGGUCUUGCGUGGAGACUCCUUGCCACCCUGGAAGGUGGAUCACUUUUGCUGGCCACGUCAGCAUUGGUAGCAUACACUGCUCGCGCUAGAGUCAAGAAACACAAGCGAAGACGGCCAGUUCACAGUGUUCUUAUGACUAAUACGACGAACGCGCUUGGCCAGGAAGUGAAGCAAAGGCUCGAGGCGUGUGGGUGUGUGGUCUGUGUGCCAAGCGGAGCGACGAGCGUGUCGGAUAAAUACGACGCGCUUCUUGUGGUCGGCGCCGAGACUACAGCAGGGCUGAAAGGCAUCGCAUCCCUCGUCUCUGAAGAUGUUUAUGAUAAUUUAAAACUUUUAGAAACACUGUCGUUGUUAAUACACCGAGGUGGAUGCAUCGCAUGGGCCUCAGCGGGUGCAGUGAACGAUACCUACAGUGAUGCAACGCGCGCCUUCGAUGCUGUGCUGAGAGCGAGCCUAAAACAUGUCGCUAAAGUGGCGCGAUGUGAAGCCAUUUGGAUAGAACGAGGGGAAAGUGUGGGUUUGGUAGCGGAUAGAGUGACCGCUGCGCUUGUGCCCUGUGACAACAGAAUAACCCGAUCUACAUUUUCGAUUAGGUAAAUAUAGAAACGUUGCUCUUCAAGUCAAGGAAUUCUUCGGACGAUGGUUAAAAAUAGUUACCUAAAUCAUAUGAAUAUUGCUAGUUACUUAUUACUUAAAUAUAUACAAUUUCAGUCGCUGUUGUAAGUAAUAAAAAAAUUAACUGAAAA